AUGUCAGGGGGCAACGAGCACCUCGCACUUCCCGCCUACACGCGCCUCGACGGAUCCCACUCGCCUCACAUCGCGCCGCCGUCAGCGUACAGAGACUCGCAGCGACAGGUGGGGCGGACAGCGGUGGGCUGGCGCAGACUCGCAGCGAGGCCGGUCGUCUUUCUCCCGUGCAUUGCGCUCGCUCUCGUCGCUGGCCUCACUUGGCACCGGGCGGGAAGUGCAGAGGGUAGAGGCGAGAGAGGAGUUUCGGGGCGGCUGCAGGACUCGUUCGACAGGCUCGCGGCAGGGUGGAGCAAGGGGUCUUUCGGCUCGAGCGGGAAGCAGUUGGACCUCGAGUGGGUGUGCAACCCGUUCGAGGCGAACGGGCGGUUGGUGGUCGACGAGGCAGACCCGACGAAGAACGUAUGGGUCCCGUUCGACUCGCGCUGUCGACCUUCGAACCUGAUGACCGCCCUGUAUCGACCACCAGGCGACACUGCUCCUAUCAUUCCGCCUCGCCCAACGUCGAGACAGGCCGGCCGGACGUUCCUACCCUGGCUCAUGAACCGCACAGUCGUCCUGCACGGCGACUCGAUCGACCGAUUCCACCUCAAAGACUUUUGCGAGUUCGUCGGCGGUCGACUAGAACUCAUCACGCCCGACCACCCCGCGUGUCCGCCUAUGUGGCGGGAUCCUCGAGGAGAUGCGGAGCGGAAACGGCUGGAGGACCAGUGGGCGGGUCGGCCGAGGGAAGGGUGGGAGUUGACGAACCCGUGGGUGUGCGAUAUCGAGGAGUACGGCGCGACGCUGGUCAAUGUCUUUACGUGGGGACUUGAGGGAGCAGAGGAGUUCUUCCAGACGGAGCGGUGGUAUUAUCCGCCAGCCCGCUGGAUGGACCGGCUGGACCAUAUCACGCUCCCACUGCUCUCGGGCCUCGCCAAGUCACUCGACCGGCCGCAAAUCGAGCACCCUGACCUCGUCAUCCUCAACUCGGGCUACUGGGAUCUGCGAAAGUACACUGAGGAGGACUUCGUCGCAGCCGGCUUCCUCUCCCGUCCCUACCCCGAAGACUCGCCCAUCCCCUACACGAACCUCUCUCCCGCACGCGAGAAGACCUGGGAGCGAGAAGCGAGGUUGGCGAUCAAGCAUACGGCCGAGCUGUUCAGGGGAAAGGAGGGCAAGGCGAGGAAUGGUCCACCGAUUUUGUGGAGGACGCUGCAUCAUCCGCCGAGGCACAACUAUGCGCCGUUCCCGCGCGUCUUCGCUCUCGACUCGUUAGCUCGCAAAGUCAUCUCCGACCUGCGCGCCUCUCAAGACCUCCCCUCCUCCUCAUCGCCCUCCUACCACCCCUCCACCUCAUCUCCUCCCCUCUCCUCUUUCUCCGAACCAAGUUACAGCGAAGACCUCGGCCUCUCGCACCGCCUGCGAAUAGAUGACUCGGGGCGCAUCAUGUUGGGACAGGAGCACAGGUUCAGGGAUCUGUUGCAUCCGUUGCCGGUGCCGGGGAGCUGGGUGUGGGCGGACGUGAUGCUGUAUGAACUGAAGCGCGCUGUCGAGGGAGUAGAUCGGUGA